ACUUGACAAACGUCGAUUAGGUUUCAAACAUCGGUCAAUCAAAUUCUUGCAUAAACUAAAACACUCGCAAUCCCGAAAUGGCGAGGGAUAGUUGUCUGGCUCGUAUAACUGCCGGCGUUGCUGUUGGAGGUGCUAUUGGUGGCGCCGUGGGAGAUGUGCAGAUGGGGUUUAUUUAUAAGAAGGUGCUGUUUAUGGAACAUAUGAGGCAGUAAGGUAUAAGCUAUAGUAUUGGGGGCUAAUUUCGAGGUUUUGCCGUGCCCUGAAGUCUUCCCGGUCAAAACUUAAGAGGAGAGUAGGCUGGUUUCCAAACGUCAAGUCGUCUUUCUCCCUCGAAGCCGCCAAACUGCGGUCUCCUUCAACACCAUCACUGCUUUAGUUUCUCUCUGUAACUUUCAAAUUCAAACAUCACAACAGAGGGAAACCUUGUAGAAACCCCUCUCCACCACCAACAGGUAAACCCCAUAAACAUCUCUUGCUCAAAAUUUGAUUUCUCUGUUGUUUAAUGUUACUGAACUAGAGAGCUAGUUAUGGCAUCAAAGCUGCUUAAACUCACUGCCUAUGAGGCCAAAAACGAGCUUGAACUCUCUCUAAAGCAAGCCUUCGAGGAGCUUGAACCAAAACUAAGACCCCCAUUUCCAUUAACAAUACCAAGCCCUCAAGAAUAUUCCAGACUCAAUCUUGCUAUUCUUUAUGGGGUUUUAACCGAACCCCAUUUAGCUAAAACGCAUAUAAAGCAUCUUCAUGCUAUUGUCACUGAUGGGUAUGCUUUGUUUGUUAGUUUGAUUGUGAAAAUUGUUAAUGAUUUGUAUGGCAAGUUAGUUGAUUCGGUGAAGGAUCAAUUGGUUUGGGUUGUUAAAGAAAUGGUUGAUGUUUUAGGAGUGGGAUUUGAUGGUUUCUUAGUGUGUUUGUUGAGGCAGAUUGUUGGUGGGGAUUUUAGUGAUGGGAAUUUGUGGUUGUGCUUUGAGUUGGUCUCCCUUUUUUCAAGCAAAUGGGAUUGUUUAGUAGAAGAUGCGCCAUUUGUUUUAACUAGUGCUUUGUAUGUGUAUCUACGGGUAUUAGCUGAUCAUUGUAAGGUAUCGACUGAUGCUAAGAUGGAAUCGUUGAAAAGAUUAGAGAUUGAGUUUUGUGUCAAGAUGUUGAGGGAGCAAUUUAAUUUGUGCAUGAAGAUUGGGAGGGACCUUAUUAGAUUGCUUCGAGAUUUGGUUCAUGUCCCUGAGUUUCGAGCUAUCUGGAAUGAUUUGGUGUUGAACCCAAGUGAAUUUAGGACAGAAGGAUUUUCAGAUAUUUCACAGUUGUACUGCUCUAGGACUUCUAGUCGGUAUUUUUUGCUUCGAAUUACUCCAGAGAUGGAAACCCAAUUGAGGUUUCUACUCAUGCAUGUGAAGUUUGGGAAUCAGAAGCGAUACCAAGUGUGGUUUGCCAAGAAGUUUCUUUUUGGACAAGAGAGAGAGACACUUGUAGUUGACAUUAUUCGCUUCAUAUGUUGUGCACACCACCCAUCAAAUGAAAUUAUUCAGUCAGACAUUGUACCAAGAUGGGCUGUUAUAGGUUGGCUUCUAAAAUCUUGUAGAGAAAAAUAUGUUGAAGCUAAUAUGAAGCUGGCCUUAUUUUAUGACUGGCUUUUUUUUGAUGAAAAAAUUGACAACAUAAUGAACAUUGAGCCUGCAAUGCUAUUAAUGGUAUGCUCAAUACCAAAAUAUAUAGAUAUAACUCACUCUCUUCUUGAAUUUUUAUUGUUUAUUGCUGAAAACUAUGAAGAGGACCGUAAUUAUGUCAUUAGAAGGGGUUUGUCAUCAGCUAUGAGGAUGCUUGUUCAAAAAGGAGUGGUUCGGUCAAUGGAUAUUCUGACUUCAUGUGAUGCACUUUCUCCUUUUCUAAGAGAGGGACUUAGGAAGUUAAUAUUGCGUUUGAAUAUUGAACGUAAUGAGUUGCAACCAGCCCAUCUUCCUCCUCAUUCUGUGUCACGUUCGAGUUUGCAAAAUGUUUCUCAUCUUGCAAUAACAACACCAGCUCCGGAACAACAAUCUGCAAAGAUUGUGGAAGUAAGGCUUAGCAAAGAACCUGCUGGUUCUUCUAUUCCCAUUUCAGGUGACCUGUUUACUACUUCUUGCCCAUCAAAUGUUACCAUUGAAAGUCAAUUUGAUGCUAUUGAGAGCCUAGCACAAAAUCUGGCAGAAGCUAUGAAGAAGUCAAAUAGAAUGGGGCUUCAGAUUUUGGAGGAAAUACUUCUCUCAUUUGUGAAUCUUGAUGGCCAAGCAUCAACAUGUGGUUCAACUUUCCCUGAAACUUUAUCUUCAAGAAUUGCAGAUCAAUUUGAAUCCGUUGGCAAUCGAUUAUUUGCUCCUUUUGAUGUCAGCAUUAGUGUUCCUUCUUCUGACAGUGGAAUUCAUUCGCCCACAAUCUUAAUUGCACGCUCCUUCAUACUUUCUCAGCAUGAACGGUUGCAAGAAAUGCUUCUAUUCUGGUCAAGGAAUGGUUUUCAUGUAGGAGCUCACUUACUAUCUUAUGCAACAAGGCUAGCUUAUGAGGCAUGUAUAUCAGAUUCUUCAGGAAAUGCAAUCAUCAACAAUAAUUUUUCUAAGAUAAGUGACUCAGGGAUGUCAUUAUUACUCUUUCAUGUUGAUGGGUAUUUUUCUAUUCUGAAUGGAAGGAAACAAGAUUUUCUCGAAGGCAGUGUUUCUACUUCUAAGAUGGAUAAGGAAUUAGUUAAUAUGUUGGUAAAAAAUGCUUUUGCUGCAUACAAAUGUUUCCUCGAACGUUCAAGAACCAUCCUGCAUAAAGAAGAUGAUUUAGCUCUGUCAAAGCUAUUCAUUCUAGACAUAACCUCUUGUUUUCUUUGUGAAAGAAAAAAGACAAAGUUCUUCUACAGCAUCUUCUGUCAUCUUGCCGACUUAUGUGCUGGCAACAUUGAUAUCAUCAGGUUCCUUGUGAGUCAGUUGGAUCAUGCUGAUCUUCUUGAAAUGCAGUUUGAAAUUGGGCUGAAGAGAUUCUUCGUGUUCGGGGAGAGCACUGAAGAUAUUUUUCACUUAAUGAAGAACUCUCUCAGUUGGGAUCCUUCAGAGCAGCACAAGCUUUGGGGCUUGAUCAGAUCAGAGCUUGCUGUUUCUAAGGUUCAGCUGGAGAAGAUCAUUUUGAAAAUUUUCUGCUCUAAUGAGCUGGAUGCAAAUACAAGUGCCAUUGCUGUGGGAGGCCUUCUUACAUUGUGCAUUUGCCGUGCUCCCACACCUGAGCUUGUUGGGGCAAUCAUGUUACUGCCUGAUGAUGUAUUCCAGGACUUUGCUGCUACAGUUUUGGCAUCAUGGGUUGUCUCUAAUGCCUCAAAGCUAUUUGACAGCUUGACUAAAUUUUCAGAGAAAUUUGACAAUGAGAAUGGAAAUGUUGCUGGUUCAGUUGGGAUUGUGAUAAACCAUUCUGCAAUUCUCUGGUUGUUGAAUUAUUUUAAAUCACAGGGGAUGAAUGGCUCCAAUUUUUUAAGCACCUUUUCUGCAAGUAUUUCUUGUGAAAAACCAGCAUAGACAUUGUGACUGAAUUGGGUUAUUAGUGAUGGUUCUGCAUUCAAAUGAUGGCUGAGAUAGUACAUGUUGAUGCAGUUUAGCCUGGUUUCAUUCAUGCAGCUGAGAACCCUGAGUUUUCAGAUGCAAUGGAUGCGAAGGGAAUUGUAUUACUUGUCCCCCAGCUCAUGAAUAGCAGCACUCUGGGAUAAGAUUGGAUCAUCCUUCCUGGCUCAAGCAGCAGAUGUUCCUACGUGAGUCUCAUUGUAUUAUCUCUCUCUGAUGUGCUAUAAUUUUAUUUUGUUUUGUUUUCAGCAUCCUUCCAUGUCAAAGAUAUUUAAAUUCUAUCUUUCAGGUGACAUAUAUAGGAAAGCAUGUGUACAUACUACAUAUAAAACAGGAAACUAUUGCUAGUUGUAACUUGUUGAGUACCCUGCAAUCGUCAAGGCAUCUUGGUUGGUGGUGGUAAUGGCCUAAUAAAGGUGUGCUUCAUUCAUGACCAUACUGCAAUAUCUGAUUUAUGAUUCAGUAAUAGAAUAUCGUAUGCUAAAUCUC